AUGAUACAAUUACAAUACGCGAUAGCUAGUAUCAUCCAGGAGAGCUGGGACCAGCUGGAAAAAAGUAAGACAGACAUGAAGGUAGGCUGGCAGGAGGAUGUGGAAGUGCCCAAUAACAUUAAGGAAGUCGACAUUCAGCAAUCUCCGCAACAGCAGCGGCAGCAACCCCAUCAACAAGUGCAGCAGAUUAAAGUUGAAGUCUAUGCUGAGGAGAUCGAGAUGAUAAGAGAGAUGAUUGAAAAGUUUGGUCACCUGCUCUCGAUGUUUGAGGCUGAUGAGGGUGAUCUGGAUGGCUAUCUAAUUUCUGCACUGCUUAGCAGCGGUAAGAGUUUAUAA